GCAAGAAGGACGACUUCAUCCACUUGCAUUAACAGCAAUAUUAGAUCGUGCCCAAACUCUUUUACGACGUGAAGCAAAUAUAAUAACAAUGGAUGGACAAACCGCAGUCUUUGGAGAUAUUCAUGGACAGUUUUAUGAUUUGUGUAAUAUGUACCAAGACUUUAAUAACACUAAAGAGAAUUUAUUAUUUCUUGGGGACUAUGUUGAUCGUGGGUGCUUCGGAACCGAAGUCAUCAUCUUACUUAUAUGUCUCAAACUUCAAUUUCCGGAUCGAAUCCAUUUACUUCGAGGAAACCACGAGUGCCGACUGAUGACAAGUUACUUCAAUUUCAAACAAGAAUGCCUUUGGAAAUAUAACACACAAAUCUAUGACGAAUUCAUGAACACGUUCGACUGUUUACCCCUUUGUGCUAUUAUACACUCCGAUUUGGGUAACUUCUUUUGUGUCCAUGGAGGCAUUUCUCCUUCUAUGCAACGACUGAGUGACAUCAGUAUCAUCGACAGAUUUCAAGAACCACCAGAAGAUGGGCUCUUCUGUGAUUUGUUGUGGAGUGACCCUUUAGACGACUCUUUGUAUGAAGCUUAUAGUCGCGACCAACAAAUAGCCUUUCAGAAGGAGAUGUAUGAAUUUAAUAGUGUGAGGGGGUGUAGUUAUUCCUAUGGGUUUAGUGCAGUGAGGCGAUUUUUAGUGAAGAAUGACAUGGUUUGUAUAGUUCGAGGGCAUGAAGUGCAGAAGAGUGGGUGUAAAAUGAAUUUUGAAGGCUGUUCGAGUUCUCCGGUGACUAUCACGAUCUUCAGUGCGCCGAAUUACUGUGAUGUGUAUGACAAUGAUGCUGCAGUGUUGAUGAUCACAAACGAAGAACUCAGCUUUUUGUCGUAUUCGUGUGUCGCCCAUCCAUUCUGGUUACCCAAAUUCGCAAAUGCGUUUUACUACACGUUGCCAAUUUUACUUCAAAACAUCAGUCAAAUUGCCAACCGUGUAUUUAGUGCAAUAAUAUUCGAAUCCGUUGAGACCGAAGAAGACGAAAAAGGUGUCAAAGAAGAGUUAACACCCGAAGAGCUAGACAACCUCACCAAACUCGAAAAAGUGAUGUCGGACCCAACUAGUCGGAUAAGUCAGAACAGGUUAGUUAAAUUCGCAAAACGAAGAAGAACAUAUGAAGGUUUCACACAAGCUUUAAAUCCUUCAAAUGAGUCACCUUCACGCACUCCCACACAAAAACAUGAAAAGAAAGAAAAUCCUCAGAAUACAAAAGUGACUGCUCGUGAGGCUCGUGCAAACAAAAAGACAAUCACUCUUGGCCUUCGAACAGAUUACACUGAUCAAGAUAAAACUGUGUUCCACGUCGAAGCUUCAUCUCGCUUCGAUUUGGCUAAGAAGAACGACUCCGCUAAUGAACUCCGCCCUGUGGACUCUAAAGACCUCAAACUCGAGUGGCAAAAGCUCAACUCAAAACAUUUUUAA